UGGGUUUUGCGACCUUAGCAGCCCCACUCUACCCACUAACCAAAGAAAAAGGGGAGUUCUCCUGGGCUCCUGAGCACCAGAAGGCAUUUGAUGCUAUCAAAAAGGCCCUGCUGAGCGCACCUGCUCUGGCCCUCCCUGACGUAACUAAACCCUUUACCCUUUAUGUGGAUGAGCGUAAGGGAAUAGCCCGGGGAGUUUUAACCCAAACCCUAGGACCAUGGAGGAGACCUGUUGCCUACCUGUCAAAGAAGCUCGAUCCUGUAGCCAGUGGUUGGCCCGUAUGCCUGAAGGCUAUCGCAGCUGUGGCCAUACUGGUCAAGGACGCUGACAAAUUGACUUUGGGACAGAAUAUAACUGUAAUAGCCCCCCAUGCGUUGGAGAACAUCGUUCGGCAGCCCCCAGACCGAUGGAUGACCAACGCCCGCAUGACCCACUAUCAAAGCCUGCUUCUCACAGAGAGGGUCACGUUCGCUCCACCAGCCGCUCUCAACCCUGCCACUCUUCUGCCUGAAGAGACUGAUGAACCAGUGACUCAUGAUUGCCAUCAACUAUUGAUUGAGGAGACUGGGGUCCGCAAGGACCUUACAGACAUACCGCUGACUGGAGAAGUGCUAACCUGGUUCACUGACGGAAGCAGCUAUGUGGUGGAAGGUAAGAGGAUGGCUGGGGCGGCGGUGGUGGAUGGGACCCGCACGAUCUGGGCCAGCAGCCUGCCAGAAGGGACUUCAGCACAAAAGGCUGAGCUCAUGGCCCUCACGCAAGCUUUGCGGCUGGCCGAAGGGAAAUCCAUAAACAUUUAUACGGACAGCAGGUAUGCCUUUGCGACUGCACACAUACAUGGGGCCAUCUAUAAGCAAAGGGGGUUGCUUACCUCAGCAGGGAGGGAAAUAAAGAACAAAGAGGAAAUUCUAAGCCUAUUAGAAGCCUUACAUUUGCCAAAAAGGCUAGCUAUUAUACACUGUCCUGGACAUCAGAAAGCCAAAGAUCCCAUAUCCAGAGGGAACCAGAUGGCUGACCGGGUUGCCAAGCAGGCAGCCCAGGGUGUUAACCUUCUGCCUAUAAUAGAAACACCCAAAGCCCCAGAACCCGGACGACAGUACACCCUAGAAGACUGGCAAGAGAUAAAAAAGAUAGACCAGUUCUCUGAAACUCCGGAGGGGACCUGCUAUACCUCAGAUGGGAAGGAAAUCCUGCCCCACAAAGAAGGGUUAGAAUAUGUCCAACAGAUACAUCAUCUAACCCACCUAGGAAAUAAACACCUGCAGCAGUUGGUCAGAACAUCCCCUUAUCAUGUUCUGAGGCUACCAGGAGUGGCUGACUCGGUGGUCAAACAUUGUGUGCCCUGCCAGCUGGUUAAUGCUAAUCCUUCCAGAAUACCUCCGGGAAAGAGACUAAGGGGAAGCCACCCAGGCGCUCACUGGGAAGUGGACUUCACUGAGGUAAAGCCAGCUAAAUACGGAAACAAAUAUCUAUUGGUUUUUAUAGACACCUUUUCAGGAUGGGUAGAGGCUUAUCCUACUAAGAAAGAGACUUCAACCGUGGUGGCUAAGAAAAUAUUGGAGGAAAUUUUUCCAAGAUUUGGAAUACCUAAGGUAACAGGGUCAGACAAUGGUCCAGCUUUUGUUGCCCAGGUAAGUCAGGGACUGGCCAAGAUAUUGGGGAUUGAUUGGAAACUGCAUUGUGCAUACAGACCCCAAAGCUCAGGACAGGUAGAGAGGAUGAAUAGAACCAUUAAAGAGACCCUUACCAAAUUGACCACAGAGACUGGCGUUAAUGAUUGGAUAACUCUCCUGCCCUUUGUGCUUUUCAGGAUUAGGAACACCCCUGGACAGUUUGGGCUGACCCCCUAUGAAUUGCUCUAUGCCCCCCCCCCCCGGCAGAAAUUGCCUUUGCACAUAGUGCUGAUGUGCUGCUUUCCCAGCCUUUGUUCUCUAGGCUCAAGGCGCUCGAGUGGGUGAGGCAGCGAGCGUGGAAGCAGCCCCGAGAGGCCUACUCAGGAGGAGACUUGCAAGUUCCACAUCGCUUCCAAGUUGGAGAUUCAGUCUAUGUUAGACGCCACCGUGCAGGAAACCUCGAGACUCGGUGGAAGGGCCCUUAUCUCGUACUUUUGACCACACCAACAGCUGUGAAAGUCGAAGGAAUCCCCACCUGGAUCCAUGCAUCCCACGUUAAGCCGGCGCCACCUCCCGAUUCAGGGUGGAAAGCCGAAAAGACUGAGAACCCCCUUAAGCUUUGCCUCCAUCGCUUGGUUCCUUACUCUAUCAAUAACCACUCAAGCUAAUAGUAAACGCCUUGUGGACAGCCCGACCUCCCAUAAACCCUUAUCCCUCACCUGGCUACUUACUGAUUCCAGUACAGGUAUUACUAUUAACAGCACUCAAAGGGAAGCUCCCUUAGGGACUUGGUGGCCUGAGCUACAUGUCUGCCUUCGAUUGGUAAUCCCUGAUCUUAACACCAUGUCCACACCCCCCGAUAUACUCCGUGCUUACGGGUUUUAUGUUUGCCCAGGACCCCCAAAUAAUGAAAAAUCUUGUGGUAACCCCAGGGAUUUCUUUUGUAAACAAUGGAGUUGCGUAACCUCUAAUGAUGGAUAUUGGAAAUGGCCAACCUCUCGGCAAGAUAGGGUAAGUUUCUCUUAUGUUAACACUUAUACCAGCUCUAAACAAUUUAAUUACCUAGAUUGGAUUAAACAGAAAACUACCAAUUGCUCUCCUUCAGACCUGGAUUACCUGAAAAUAAGUUUCACUGAAAAGGGAAAACAGGAAAAUAUUCAAAAGUGGAUAAACGGUAUGUCUUGGGGAGUAGUGUACUAUAGAGGCUCAUGGGGAGGAGAAGGAUCUAUUCUAACUAUUCGCCUCAGAAUAGAAACUCAGAUGGAACCUCCGGUUGCUGUAGGACCGAAUAAGGUAUUAGCCGAACAAGGACCUCCAAUCCAAGAACAGAGGCCAUCUCCUAAUCCCUCUGAUUUCAAUACAACCUCUGGAUCAGUCCCCACUGAACAGUUGGGCCUUGCUUAAUUAAUAGGUUUGUUGCCUUUGUUAGAGAAUGAGUGAAUGCAGUCCAGAUCGUGGUACUUAGACAGUAGUACCAAGGCCUUCCAAGCUAAGGAGAAACUGACCUUUAGCCUUCCUAGUUCUAAGAUUAGAACUAUUAACAAGAGAAGAAGUGGGGAAUGAAAGGAUGAAAAUGCAACCUGACUCUCCCAGAACCCAGGAAGUUAAUAAGAAGCUCUAAAUGCCCUCGAAUUCCAGACCCUGUUCCCUAUAGGUAAAAGAUCAUACUUUUUGCUGUUUUAGGGCUUGCUUUCUGCUCUGUACAAAACUUUGUGGAAGGGGAAAAACAGGCCCCUGAGUAUGUGCCUCUAUGCUUGAAACUUCUUGAAACUGCUCCUAACUGCUUGUUUGGCUUCUGUAAACCUGCUUGCAUAAGAUAAAAAGAGGAGAAGUCAAUCGCCUAACCGACCCCAGUAAGAUCGGGCGUGCCACAAAAUGUUGAAAAUUCUGAUAAAUAUAUCUUUGGCGACAACAUGUCUCCCCUGCCCAGGAACAGGCACAAACAUGUAACUCCAAAACAAUUUAAAUUAAUUGGUUCACAAAGCGCGGGCUCUCGAUGUUUUAAAAUGAUUGGUUUGUGAAGUGCGGGCUUUGUUGUGAACCCCAUAAAAGCUGUCCCGACUCCGCACUAGGGGCCGCAGUCCUCUACCCCUGCGUGGCGUACGACUGUGAGCCCCAGCGCGCUUGGAAUAAAAAUCCUCUUGCUGUUUGCAUCAAGA